CCAAGUUACGAAAGCAGCAGCUUCGGCAAACAUCGGCAUUUUCCGCGAACGGUUAAGGAUGGAGGAAGAGGGACGCAAGCUUCUCGAAGAGGGAAUAAGAAAGAAACUUAUAAGUCCUGGGAGAGGAGAGCUGUCGACAUUUCCUAAUGGAACCAAGGUGGUUUUCCACUACCGCAGCAGCCUCUGUGAUGGCACAGUGCUGGAUGACUCCAGGACCAUGGGGGGUCGCAGUAAACCUAUGGAGCUCAUCUUGGGGAAGAAGUUCAAGCUGGCUGUGUGGGAAAGAAUAGUGAUCACCAUGAGAAAAGGCGAGGUGGCAGAGUUUACCUGCGACACCAAGCACACAGCACUCUACCCACUCGUGUCCCAGUCUCUGAGAAACAUAAGCGUUGGUAAAGAUCCCCUGGAAGGCCAGAGGCACUGCUGUGGCAUCGCUCAGAUCCAUUCCCACCACUCUUUAGGGCACAAAGAUCUGGAUCAUCUACAGGCCAACCCACAGCCCCUUGUCUUUGCUAUCGAGCUGCUGGAGGUCCUCCCUCCUGGUUCCUACCAGCUCGACAUGUGGGCCAUGACUGACAAAGAGAAGCUGGACGCCGUGCCUCAAAUCCAUGAGAACGGAAAUUCACUCUUCAAAGAGGGCAAAAUUAAGGAAGCCUCAGAGCAGUACUACAACGCCAUCGCCUGCCUCAAAAAUCUGCAGAUGAAGGAGCAUCCUGGAGAUGAAACCUGGAUAGAGUUGGACCUAAAGAUCACACCACUGCUUCUUAACUACUGCCAGUGCCUGCUGCUGCAGGGCCAGUACUACGAAGUCAUCGAUCACUGCUCUUCGUUGCUCUCCAAAUUUGAAGAUAACGUGAAGGCCUACUACAAACGGGGAAAAGCUCACGCUGCAGUUUGGAACGACAAAGAGGCCCAUGCAGACUUUGCUAAGGUCUUGGAAUUGGACCCGUCCCUGGAAGCAUCGGUGAACAGGGAGCUGAAGGCCUUGGAGGAGAGGCUCCGCUCCAAGAAGCAGGAGGAAAAGGGUCGUUAUAAGGGCUUGUUCGACUUCAAUGCACAGCCAGCUGCAGCCACCACAGGUUGAACAUCAGAACAGACGGAGACGAAGAUGCCAAUGGAUCUGGCGGAUAAGCAGGAGAACAUUCCCGCCGUUUUAGUUUUACCUGUGCACUUCAGCCAAACAUAUUGCCAACCUUCUCCUCUUCAGGUAUACAUGCAGGCACCACAAGCAUUUAAGCCCUAAUCCUCUGAAUUCACCGUCUAAAUGUGGCUCUGUGGAGUGACUUUAACGGCCCGUGGAAUCAAGUCAGUGCUGCAUGUUUCAUUUAGAGGAGAU